GUCCUCGCACAUGCGCGGCACCGAUUGCAUUUCCAGCAUGGCUUGCGUAGUGACAUAACUCUCCUUGAUCUGCAGUUCCUUAUUUGUUUUAAAGAAACUUUAUACAUAACCAAGUAAUGAUCAGCAGCUCCUGGCGCAGGUUGACAUGAAAAGUACAACCUCUGCUGGGCGAAUUAAACGCUUUGCAACUGAAUACAUGCUUUAGGAACAUACUGUAAUAACGCGCAUGCUCAGGCCACUUGUGUGACGCUUUCGUAAACUUCCAUUCAAAGUCAGAGCGGACUCAUGGCGGCACAUUUCAAGAAGCAGCUCAAAGAGGCGGUGAAGGUCAUCAGCUCAGGUGGCCUCCUUUUCGCCUCGUACCUCACCGUGGUCGGAGAUGAACGCUUCUAUGCCAACCAGCUGAUGCCUCUGCUACAAAGGGUUGUAGAGGCAGAGACAGCCCACCUGUUAGCGGUGAAAAUGAUCAGUCUGGGUUUGGUUCCUCUCAACCGCUACCAGGAUCCCAAGUCACUGGAGGUAAACGUCCUUGGCCUAAAGUUCAAAAACCCUGUUGGGAUUGCGGCCGGCUUCGAUAAGCAUGGAGAGGCAGUGGACGGUUUGUACAAGAUGGGCUUUGGCUUUGUCGAAGUUGGAACCAUCACGCCAAAACCACAAGAGGGGAAUCCCAAACCACGUGUGUUUCGAUUGGCAGCCGAUCAUGCCGUCAUCAACAGAUAUGGCUUCAACAGCUGUGGUCUGCUAGAAGCGCAGCAGAGGCUGAAGGUGCGCCAGGCAGCUCAGCAGGAGCAAACAAAAGUCGGCCUUCCCCUGGGUAUCAACCUAGGGAAGAACAAGCAGUCCCAGGAUGCAAAGGCAGAUUAUUCUCAAGGGAUGAGAGUGCUGGGCCCCCUGGCUGACUACCUGGUGGUAAAUGUCAGCAGUCCUAAUACGCCAGGCCUCCGCAGCUUACAAGGCAAAGCUGAGCUCCACCAGCUCCUGUGUACGGUGUUGAAGGAGCGGGAUGGCCUGCAGGGAGAACACAAGCCUCCUGUCCUGGUCAAGAUCGCUCCUGACCUCACCACACAGGACAAAAAGGACAUUGCUGAUGUUGUUAUUGAGCUUGGAGUGGAUGGCUUAAUGGUGUCCAACACCACUGUGUGUCGACCAGAGAUGCUACAAGAUCCUCAUAGGUGUGAGGCCGGUGGACUUAGUGGGCGGCCUCUCAAAGAUAUCGCCACAAACGCAGUCAGAGAAAUGUACAGCCUCACCAAAGGUAAAGUAGCAAUCAUUGGAAUUGGCGGUGUGGCCAGUGGACAGGAUGCAAUGGAAAAAAUCCGUGCUGGAGCAUCACUAGUCCAGAUUUAUACCGCUUUCACAUACCAGGGUCCACCUGUAGUCACCAAGAUAAAGCGGGAAUUGGAACACAUUCUCAAAGAACAAGGAUUUCGGAGUGUUUCUGAGGCCAUUGGAGCAGAUCACAGAGAGGAACGUAUGACCAACCAAUAGCACAGCCUUUUGAGACGGACUGAAGUCAGAAGAAGUCAAGUCUUCCGUCCUCAACUUCACUUUAUCUUUUGUUACAGUGUAACAGCAAUCAACAGAGUGCUUUUAACUCGACACACUUAUACAGACUUAGCGCUUGGUUUUACACACGCAUAUGUGUGUUGUUGUAUAUAAAUAAUGACUUACUGCCUGGUUGGUAUCAUGUUCAUGUAAACUGGAGCCUAUCCCAAGUAACUCUCGCUUUUAAACAGCCAUGCAGUUCUAACUACUGUUUCUUUAUGCUGUAUCAUUUCGAAUGAAUUACAGAACGACUCAGUGCACGUAUUCCACCCAUGGACAUCAUCCAUCCAGUCUGUAUAUGACGUGACUGUCUUAAUCUUUCAUGUUUUAUUUUUCACUCUGUCAUUUUAUACUCAACCAAGUGGCAGUCCCUAGAUCAGGGGUCUCAAACACGCGGCCCGCGGGCCAAAUGUGGCCCGCAGGACACUAGUUUGAGGCCCCUGCCUUGAUAUGAAAAUUUAAUGUUAGUGCGGCUUGAUAUGGAUGCUGCUUGAUAUGGAUGCUGUAUGGUAUCAUGUACCCAGAAAAAAUUAUUACGUUUGAUUAAUGUUCAUGUUAAAGGUUAAAUAACUGUUAACAGUUAUCCUCCCUAUCCGUGUGGAAGUGGUAAGUUUUUGGCUAUUUAAGUUUAAAGGAAAUAACUUGAAGGCUACCGUUUAGGUCGCUAGCUCUCUAGUUUGCGAGUUAGCAUGUGUCUCAAGACCCUGCAGUUGCCAAUAUGUUGUAAAUAAAAAAAAGAGUAUAAAUGUGACUAUAGUCGUGUUUUGUCAU